UUUUGUGACAGCGAAGCUGGAAACGCGGUAUCGCGCGCCGCGCAGCAGAUGAGCUCAGACAGCGUAGACGAGGCACGAGCUAUACGGAAAGUGCGCCCGAAGUGGACGCUGUAGGGAGAAUGAGGAAACGUGGGUAACUGUGUUUUGAUUGCCAAGAGAACGUGAUUACUAUCGGAUCUCUUUAAAGCUGUGAACCUGUUCAUGCUCCACUACGUUGCUGUUUGCAGUGGUGUAGCCUGAUUUUUGGUUUAGGGUCCUGCACUUGUCAGACGCGGACGCGGCUCACAGAACGCAGGGUGAAUGAGGCUGGUCAUGGACCCGCUGGGGAGGGCGGCCGAGGUGGUGGAGGCGGCCGCGCUGCCGCGCUGGUCGCACACGACGCCCCCGCGCUCGCUGCUGGGGCUGGGCGGCGACGCCAGCGGCGGCGGCGGAGGAGGAGGGGGAGGGCCCGAGGGGCGCCCGCGCAGCGCCUUCCCCUGCGACCCCGCGCUCAACGAGAAGAUCGCGCUCUGGGUUGGAGAUAUUUCCAAGCUGAAUGCUGAAGCAAUAGUCAAUUCAACAAAUGAAAAUCUCUCCGAAAGAUUUCCUCCAACGGAUCGAAUUUUUGCUCGAGCUGGACCACGAUUAAAGGAAGAGAUUGAACGUGAUAUUAAAGAAUGUCGAACUGGCGAUGUGCAAGUUACACAAGGUUAUAACUUGGCAGCAAGAUAUGUGAUUCAUACAGUGGGGCCCAAAUAUAAUAUCAAAUACCAAACUGCAGCUGAAAGUACUUUACACUUCUGUUACAGAAAUGUGCUGCAGAGAGCAUGUGAAUUAAAUUUAUCAUCAGUUGCUCUUUGUGUUAUUAACUCUGUAAGACGGAAUUUUCCCCCGGAUGAAGGAGCCCAUAUAGCCAUAAGUAAGUAUUUCUAA